CGCGUAAAUGAAAAAAAAAAAGAGCCAAAAACUAUGUAUAUAUAACAGACCUAGUUUCUUCCGACAUACCAUCCUCACCUAAUACUUGAGCUUCUUAAAGAUCGACACACAGAUAAGCUAGCACCUCUAUUUUUCAUCGUUAUUACUUUCUCUCAAUAUUAAUCAGAUCAGUCCAUAUGUCUCUACGACCUAGAAAACCAUUGCAAACAGAAGAAACAGCCAUGCAUGAUCAAUACCCAGUAAUUAGCUCACCCUCGAAAUCCCACAAACGCAGAUGGAGGUUGGUUUACACCGCCAUAUCAUUCACUAGGGUUCUUCGUUCUCUGGCCAAGAACGUGCUUCAAAACAAUGCAAACCUUUUGCGCUCCGUCUCCUACGUCGCCAUCGAUGUCCCUGCCGGUAAUGAAAAACUUUCUUUUCCUAAUAAUGUUGAUCCAAAAGCUCUUGCUGAUAUUGUUAGGGAUAAGAAAAUUGAAAGUCUUGUGAGUCAGUAUGGAGGGGUCAAAGAAUUAGCUAAUACGCUUGAAACUGAUGUUAGGAGUGGUAUUAGUAGCAAUGAUGUUGAUUUGGCUCGAAGAAAGAAUGUUUUUGGUGCCAAUGACUACAAAAAGCCGCCCGCCAAAGGGUUUCUAACUUUUGUUUUUGAUGCAUUUAAAGACACUGUAAUUAUCAUAUUGUUGGUUUGUGCCCUACUCUCUCUGGGGUUUGGUAUCAAGCAACAUGGCUGGAAAGACGGAUGGUUUGACGGCGGGAGUAUUAUUUUUGCUGUCUUUCUUGUUGUUGUUGUCUCUGCUGUGUCAAACUACAAUCAAUCUAUACAAUUUCAGAAGCUCUCCAAAAAGAGUAGUGACAUAAGCGUGGAAGUUGUUAGAGGUGGACGACGUCAUCCCAUAUCAAUCUUCGACAUUGUUGUAGGUGAUGUUGUUUUCUUAAAGAUUGGUGAUCAAAUUCCAGCUGAUGGGUUAUUCUUGGAAGGCCAUUCCUUGAGGGUGGAUGAGUCGAGUAUGACUGGAGAAAGUGACCAUGUUGAUAUCAAUGCCACUGGAAAUCCUUUUCUGUUAUCAGGCACAAAGGUGGUGGACGGGUUUGGAACCAUGUUAGUGACUUCUGUGGGCAUGAAUACGGCUUGGGGAGAGAUGAUGAGCUCAGUAAGUCGAGACAUGAAGGAAGAGACGCCUUUGCAAGCGCGGCUCGAGAAGCUAACAUCUUUGAUCGGAAAGGUUGGUUUGUCUGUGGCUGCACUUGUUCUUGUUGUUUUGAUGAUCCGCUACUUCACAGGGCACACAAAAGAUGAGAUGGGACAAAGGGAAUUUAAUGGAAGCAAGACAAAAUUUGAUGAUAUCAUGAAUGCUGUUAUAGGCAUUAUUGCUGCAGCAGUGACAAUCGUUGUCGUGGCUAUUCCUGAAGGUCUACCACUCGCUGUUACUCUUACUCUUGCUUACUCUAUGAAGAGAAUGAUGAAAGACAAUGCUAUGGUCAGGAAGCUCGCUGCUUGCGAGACAAUGGGGUCGGCCACAAUAAUAUGUACUGACAAAACGGGAACUCUUACUCUGAAUGAGAUGACGGUUACAGAGGUGUGGCUUGGCAAAGAACAUUUAAGUGAGGAUGGUGUAUCACAUAUGUCUCCAAGUACUGUCAGCUUACUGCGAGAGUCCAUUGGUUUAAACACCGCCGGUGGAGUUUAUAAACCAACUCCUGACGCUACUCCUGAGAUUUCUGGAAGCCCAACAGAGAAAGCAAUACUUUCAUGGGCUGUUUUCAGCUUGGGAUUGGAUAUUGAUGAACUGAAGACGCAAUACGAAAUAAUCCACGUCGAGGCUUUCAACUCAGAGAAAAAAAGGAGUGGAGUUUUGAUCAGGAAAAACAACGAGAAGACUCUUCAAAUCCACUGGAAAGGUGCUGCUGAAAUGGUUCUCGCCAUGUGCUCAAAUUAUUAUGACAGAGAUGGAAUCAUUAGAGUCAUGAAUGAAGAAGAAAGAAGAGAGAUUGAAACACACGUUCAAAGUAUGGCAGCCAAAAGCUUGAGAUGUAUUGCCUUUGCCCAUAAAAAUAUUGAAGGAGAAUAUGGACAGGUUAAUAGUGAGAAACUGGAGGAAAGUGGCCUUGCUUUACUUGGUGUUGUAGGAAUAAAGGAUCCAUGUAGGCCAGGAGUUAAGGUAGCCGUAGACACUUGCAUUGCUGCCGGUGUGAGCAUCAAAAUGAUAACAGGUGACAAUGUGCACACAGCAAGAGCUAUAGCGAUUGAUUGUGGGAUUUUAAAACCUAGGGUGGAUGUGGAAAGUGAAGCUAUAAUUGAAGGGGUACAGUUCAGAAACUAUUCACCGGAAGAGAGAAUGAGAAAAGUUGAAAAAAUUCGUGUUAUGGCUAGAUCAUCCCCGUUUGACAAGCUUCUAAUGGUUGAAUGCCUGAAGCAAAAAGGCCACGUGGUAGCAGUCACUGGAGAUGGAACCAACGACGCUCCAGCUCUCAAGGAAGCAGAUAUUGGACUUUCAAUGGGGAUCCAAGGCACAGAAGUGGCAAAAGAGAGCUCAGACAUUGUUAUCUUAGAUGAUAACUUUAGUUCAGUGGUCACCGUUUUGAGAUGGGGCAGGUGUGUAUACAACAACAUUCAGAAAUUCAUUCAGUUUCAACUUACUGUGAACGUUGCCGCUUUGGUCAUCAACUUUGUUGCCUCAGUGUCUUCUGGUAAAGUCCCAUUGACUGCUGUCCAGCUUUUGUGGGUGAACCUUAUUAUGGAUACAUUGGCAGCUUUAGCAUUAGCCACCGAGCAACCAACUAAUGAACUCAUGAAGAAGCCGCCGGUGGGUCGAAAGGAGCCUCUCAUAACCAGAAUCAUGUGGAGGAACCUCAUUGCGCAUGCCUUGUUUCAGGUUACUGUUUUGUUGACUCUACAAUUCAAGGGAAGAUCCAUCUUUGGUGUGAACGAAAAGGUCAAGAACACACUCAUAUUCAACACUUUUGUUCUAUGCCAAGUCUUCAACGAAUUCAACGCAAGGAAACUGGAAAAGAAGAAUAUAUUUGAAGGGAUACAUAAGAGCAAACUAUUUUUGGGUAUAAUUGGAGUUACCGUACUGCUUCAAGUGUUGAUGGUGGAGUUUCUGAAGAAGUUUGCCAGUACUGAGAGGCUGAACUGGAGUCAAUGGGGUGCUAGCAUUGGCAUUGCAGCUUUAUCUUGGCCAAUCGGUUGGCUUGUCAAGUGCAUUCCAGCAUAUGGGAACAAGGUCUGACUCAACGAGAUUCUACAAGUUAUUCUUGAGUACGUUAUCCGAUAUGUAAAUAUAUAUAUAUAUAUGUGUAUAUAUAUGUAUAUAUAUAUUUAUAUUAAUUUUCCAUUGUGAAAGAUUACUUAAGUUUGGGGUUGGAAUUUAAGCAAUUAUGUAACGUCAUUUUGUUUGCGAUAACGUACGAAUCUUUAAAUGUAAUACUGAUCUGAAAAUUACUAAUAAAGGAGAGCAUUACACUUUCAAA